AUGUCCCUCCUACAGGAGGAAUGUUCAAGACUAGUCCACAAAAAUAGUCUCGGGGCGAUGCUCCUCUAUAAUUGUCCAACUGUUCUUGGGCACUCUUUGGCUAUCCUUGCCCCCGAAGAUCCGCCUGUAGGGGGACAUGCCCGACCUACCCCCAGCAGCGUCUCGGACCCGACGUCCUACCUGCCGUGGACGCACAUCCUGGUCUACCCGCAGUCGUGGCUGCAGGAGAUCUCCGUCCCUGCAGCGCUGGCGGUGCCCAGCGACACCGUGGCGUCCGCUGCCGCGCCCUCGUUCGUGGACGAGGACACCAGGGACGGCCUGGUGGGCGGGCGGCUGUCGUGGCGCGCGGAGGGCGACCUGUCGGCGGUCGCCGGCUACUCGGUCUAUCUGGCUGGAGACGAGAAUGGCACGGAUCGGGCUUUGCUGGCAUCGGUCGCCGGGGCGUCCACCACCGCGCUCGCCGUCCCCGCGGGUACUGAGCUGGGGAACGCCACGCACUUUCUGGUCUGCCCCUUCUCCUCCUUCGCGGAGCGCUCCACACCCGCGGCGGCCAUCGCGUACGACGACUUCCACGAGGAGUGCGACGCCCUGGACGCCGUGCGGUGCGGGCCGGCAGCGUGGCCCGGGAACUGCGGCCUGGGCGCGCUGCACGCCACGGCGGUGGAGGCGGCGGUGGGGGCGGCGCGCCUGGCGGGCCAGGGCCUGAUCCUCACCUCCGCCGUCGACGUGGGAGGGUUCGCCGCCGGCGGGAGGCUGGCCGAGUGCGGCAUCGGGGGUAACUACCGGUGGAUCUACUCGAGGGGCCCGCAACACGACGGCGGGCGAGCUCCAGUCACGGGCUUCACCUGCAGGUACAGCUGCUCCGCAGGGAACCGCAGCGCCUGCCGCUGGUGCAGGCCGCCGGCCACCAGCGCGGGCGCCCCCGACGCGGACGGCCUGAGCGUGUGGCAGUACCUGGCGUGCCGAUACCGCGGCUGGUCGAGCUCCUACGGCGACGGCCUGGCGUACUCCUACGUCUUCGCGGACGGCCGGUUCGCGGGCACCGGCGAUGAGGUCUCGGCGCUCAGCUGCGACCAGUUGUCGGUGAGGGCGGCCGUCGGUGGGUCGGCCGGGCUCCUGGUCGACACCACGGGCCUGCAGUGCACCGGCGGGAACGAGUGCUCCGUGUCCGUCCUGCGGCUCUGA